AUGCAUAAUCUGCCUAGCAGCGAUACAGUGACUGCGGAAUAUUUGUCUAAUACACCUCGUCAUACUUCACCUUCCGGCAGUGAUAUUGGUUUACACUCUCAUGAUGCUGCGCCGAACGAACGACGACAUCCGCGCAUAGAACCCGCUGCAAUUCCAAAUAGCGUGACAGAAUGUGACGAGGAAAAGCUUACAGCAAGGACUCGAUCUCGAGAAUCACCGACUCCAGUUGCUCCUCCUCCUGGCGGCCCUCCAGAUGGAGGGUUUCGGGCAUGGAGCACUGUUGUCGGUGGCUUCUGCGGUAUGUUCGUUAGCUUUGGUUGGAUCAGCUGCAUUGGUGUCUUCAUUGAUUACUAUAAAACUCACCAGCUGAAGAAUGUGGCCACCAGCGCCAUCACAUGGAUUACUUCGCUGGAGUAUUUCAUGAUGUUUUUCGGGGGCCCAUUUGUGGGGGUUCUAUUUGACAAUUUCGGUCCACGAUGGCUCAUCUUAGCGGGCUCAUUCUUCCAUAUAUUCGGGCUGAUGAUGAUCUCCAUCUCGAAGGAAUACUAUCAAUUUUUCCUUGCCCAGGGUAUCUGCAGCCCCAUAGGCACAGCCGCUCUGUUCCAUUGCAGCAUAACCUCCGUAAACACCUGGUUCCGACGCCGUCGUGCCCUCGCUCUGGGUGUCACAUUCAGCGGCUCCGGCUUUGGCGGGAUCAUCUUCCCAAUCAUGAUAACUCGCAUCAUAUCAGUUCUCGACUUUGGAUGGGCCAUCCGGAUCUGCGCAUUCACCAGUCUCUUCCUACUCGUUAUUACCAAUCUCACCGUGAGCUCAAGACUCAACCACCAGAAGAAGACGCCAUUAUGCCGCCCUCUCGACUUCGUUCGCCCCCUCCGUUCGGUCCCAUUUGUCCUCACAAGCGCAGCAACGUUCUUUUUAUAUUGGGGUCUGUUCCUCCCCUUUGCUUUCAUCCCUACACAGGCUCAACGAUAUGGCAUGUCGGCAUACUUGGCAUCAUACUUAAUCGCCAUUCUAAACGCAGGAAGCGUCUUUGGCCGCAUCAUUCCUCCCUGGCUAGCCGACCACUUCGGCCGCUUCAACCUGAUGAUCCUCACGAGCAUAGUAUCCAUAAUCCUCGUGCUAGCGCUAUGGCUUCCUUCGCGCACAAACAGCACCGCAAUAGUCUUUACAGUACUCUACGGAUUCAGUAGCGGGUCUGCCGUCUCACUAGCCCCUGCUCUCGUGGCACAGAUAUCCGAAAUCCGGGAAAUCGGCGUGCGCAGUGGGACGUAUUUUGCCAUUGCGGCAUUCGCGGCGUUGACGGGCACUCCAAUUGCCGGGGCACUUUUGCCGGACCCUCUAGGUGGGAGUUAUUUGGGUCUUGAGCUUUUCUGCGCGGCGACAAUGGCUGUUGGGGCUGUUUUGUAUGUUUUGGCGAGAGGGGUUGUCCCGCAUGGGGGUUGGAGGAUUGGGAUCAGGGUCUAG